GUGCCGGAGGAACAAAAAAGCAGCAACUAACCGUCCGUCACCCCCAACACGCAAACUGAAAGUGAGAAUUGAAAAAACAGAACCUGCAGAGACUGGUUGGCGUUGACCAUUUGGCAUAAUAAUGAUUAAAACUUUCCAAUAUUUUCAAUAUUCUUCCUCUGUUUUCCCUUUUUGUUUCAGUUUACCACCAUCAAGAAACAUUGGGGGGCUCCCUUAUUCUGAACUCAGAAUUCUGAAAUUUCCACUUCUGUUUCUCUGUUAAUGGUCAUUUCUCAAAUAAGAAAAAAAACAGUUAUUCUUCCUCUACAACCCAUUUCAUAUUAUUCCCUCCUCUUUCUUUUUUUCUUGUUUAACCCCUUUAUUCGAUUGCUUUUUGUCCACUCAAACUCCCGAAUAACUUCUGAAGCAACAUUUUUCCCAUCAUCAUCAUCUAAAUCUUGCCCCCCAUUUGAUUUGAUUUCCCACCGCCAUGGACGUUAUUGCUGCUGAGAUUAAUGUUGCUUCUGAUUCAGUACAUGAUGUGCCAACUCCCUCGUCUUCUUCCCCUGCUGCUGCUGCUUCUUCUUCCCGCGUGCAGCCACGCGACGCCGGAAAUGCACUUCGAGGCGGCCGUCAAACCCAGCAUCUCCGGCAACGGGACCCGCCACCGGCGUCUUACUACCUAAACGUUUCGAUUCUUCAAGUGGGUUCCGCUAGUUUGAGAGAUGAAGCAUGUGCUGCGUUUAUGGUCCUCGUCACAUUCUGGAUUUUUGCAUGUUUGACUGUCAUACUGGGAUUUUAUGGGUCUUCAAAUCUGGAAUUGGGACCCAAUAGCUCAUUCCUGCUAUAUGCCAAUCCAUUUUUUGUGCAAUCAAUCAAGGUCAAGGAAUUACAAGAAUCAAAACACAAACCGGUGCUAUAUGGAUUUGAUAAACCACCUCCUUUGGAUGUUAAGGUCAAAUGGUCCGAGACACAUGUUACAUUUGUUGGACCAGGUGAUCUCAAGGAGUGGCAGUAUUUCCUGAACAAAGGCUCUAAAGUACGUAUAUCAUACAGUGUGAAGAGACCAAGCUCUGCUGCCUUGUCCCUUGCCAUAGCUGAAGGGAGGGCAAGUCUCUUUGAUUGGAUUGAGGACCCUGCAUCCCCUAACAAAACCUUGUCCGGGGACAUUAUUCACGGAAAUGGUGUUGUUGAGCAGGAAAUUUGGAACCCUGAGACAUAUUUUAUUGCAUUGAGAAACUUAAACUUUGAGGAGGUGGAGGUACAAUUAAAUUUUACGAUAGAGGCUUUGACGUAUAAUGCCACCCAAGCAAAUUAUGAGUGCUCAAUCAGUCAACAACCUUGCACUUUGAAGCUUUUCCAUAUGGGGAAUACUGCUGUCAUAACAUCUCCUGGUCCUGAAUCGGGUAUGGCCAACUAUGUGUGGUGUGUGCAGUUGAAUUAUGGUCAUCGGUGGAUAUCAUAUUUUGUUGGAUCAGCCUCAGUGAGUGUUCUCAUCAUAGUGGCAAUGAAACUUUGUUUCACAUUUGAGUUCACCGGAGAAUAUGAGACAAGAUACCGAACUAGGGAUAGAGUAUCUCAAAGAGCCCCAUUGCUUUCUCAGAAGGAUGAUGACCUUUCGAGUUGGGGCUCUUCUGAGUCAUUGUCAAAUGAUGAAGAUGAAUUCUAUGAGUCACCACUUGCUGAUGGACAUGAGAUCAUACACGGAGUUAGCAUUCAAGAUAAAAGGCGGCUUUGCAAUCUUUGUCUGGAUGCCCCUCGUGACUGUUUCUUUCUUCCUUGUGGACACUGUGCUGCCUGUUUCACUUGUGGGACGAGGUUGGUUCAAUUAAACGAUUGCUCUUAGUUAGACCUGCAAACUAAAGUUAGGAGUAUGCUGAAAUGGGGUCGGGUGUAGAGGAGAAUUUUGUCCGAGUUUGAGUUCUUUUAUCUUAUAACUUCGGUUUGUUGUUCUUAAUGAUGAAAACCAUGCCAGUUCUAAAAUUCAUGGCUGCCUAUGUUGAUGUUGCAGGGUAGUUGAGCAAGCUGGUACAUGUCCAGUUUGUCACAGGACGCUGAAGAAGGUGAGGAAGAUUUUCAGUGUGUAGGCAGGACAUGUGAACUCACUGUCUGGAUUGUUUCACUUGAACUCCAAGGGACAAUGAAGACUCGUCAUUUGCAACUACCAUGUCAAUAUAAACCACUUCAAGCCUUUAACGGGUGCAUCAGAUGUUAGUACAGUCCCUCUGAUGAAAUCUCUAUUCUGACUUUCUUUCUGGAUCCCUUCAGCAUUACAUUCCUGCUUAUGGAGUCGAAAUGCUAAGGAUUACACGGGGUGUAUAUGCUCUUUUAGAACACCUCCAUUUUAGGUUUCUGUGAUCAGUUGCUUUGCCAAUCUUCCAAUAUUAGUCUAUGAAGAUGAAGGUUCACAGCAAAAAAAGCAGCUGUAAAAUCUAACUUCAUCUGUCCAAAGCAGUGGAAAAGUGAAUUGUUGUAACUCAACACAAUUGUACAUGGUUUUGAUGCAUGGAAUUGUUUGGAUAAGUAAUGAAUAUUCCAGAUCCGCUGUUAAGCGCUUCAAGUACUAUUAUACUAUUAAUCUGA